AUUUUAAAAGAUCCUCAGCUGAUUAAUUGCCACAUUAAACUUUUAGAAGCACUAAUCUAAUCCCCUAAAUUACACAUAUAAAGAAACAGACCACCCUGCGGAGGAACAAACACAGACAUGCUGGAUCCGGUCGUCACUGGGUGGGCACAGGGCUCCUAAAGUUUCGCACUAGAAGGCAGGCGAUGGACGGGAGCAAAAGGGCCCUCACCCCGUCAAGGAGUAGGAUGCGGCCAGCGCAGGAGCUAGUGGUGAAAAACUGAUCUCGCGUGUUCAGAAACUGCACAAGCUCUACCACAUCCUCGUCCACACUGCCCUUCCGGCUGAGGUCCGCUUUGCUCAAACACUGCGCCUUCCAUUUCCUGAACUCCGCGCUGCGAUCCAUGUGUGAGGGACUCAGGGUCCGCGCUCUGCUCCUUCACGGUUGCCUAGUCUCUCCCUGGGGGCGGCCAUAUUGAAGCGAGCGGUGGCCGAAAAGGUCCAAACUUCCUCUGCGUUCCUAAUUUGGGAAAUUCUAGUGCCUUCGCCUGGGGUUGGGGAGAGGCGCACAGCAUGGGCGGAGCCUGCAAAAGUUGGAGAACGUGUAGCAGGGCUCAUCCUGUGGAAUCUGAAGAGGCCCACGCAGAUUUUAAUUCCCACUAUAGAUUCUGGUUUCCCGGAGCUUGCCGCCUGGUCUUCCUUGAGCUUUGUCAUCAGGAUUGCAGUCUUACUUUGAGAGAAAUAUCACCAUGGCGACCAGACAGAAGUUGAUGAGAGCUGUUAGAGUUUUUGAAUUUGGUGGACCAGAAGUCCUGAAAUUGCAGUCAGAUAUUGCAGUACCAAUUCCAAAAGACCAUCAGGUUCUAAUCAAGGUCCAUGCAUGUGGUGUCAACCCUGUGGAGACAUACAUUCGCUCUGGUACUUAUAGUAAAAAACCACUCUUACCCUAUACUCCUGGCUCAGAUGUGGCUGGGGUGAUAGAAGCUGUUGGAGAUAAUGCAUCUGCUUUCAAGAAAGGUGACAGAGUUUUCACUAGCAGCACGAUCUCUGGAGGCUAUGCAGAGUACGCUCUUGCAGCAGACCACACUGUUUACAAACUACCUGAAAAACUGGACUUUAAACAAGGAGCUGCCAUCGGUAUCCCAUAUUUUACUGCCUGUCGAGCUCUGAUCCACAGUGCCCAUGUGAAAGCUGGAGAAAGUGUUCUGGUUCAUGGGGCGAGUGGAGGAGUUGGAUUAGCAGCAUGCCAGAUUGCUAGAGCUUAUGGCUUAAAGGUUUUGGGCACUGCUGGUACUGAGGAAGGACAAAAGAUUGUUUUGCAAAAUGGAGCCCAUGAAGUGUUCAAUCACAGAGAAGUGAAUUAUAUUGAUAAAAUUAAGAAAUAUGUUGGUGAGAAAGGAAUUGAUGUAAUUAUUGAAAUGUUAGCUAAUGUAAAUCUUAGUAAAGACUUGAGUCUUCUGUCACAUGGAGGACGAGUGAUAGUUGUUGGCAACAGAGGUACUAUUGAAAUAAACCCACGGGACACCAUGGCAAAGGAGUCGAGUAUAAUUGGAGUUACUCUCUUUUCCUCAACCAAGGAGGAAUUUCAGCAAUAUGCAGCAGCCCUUCAAGCUGGAAUGGAAAUUGGCUGGUUGAAACCUGUAAUAGGUUCUCAAUAUCCAUUGGAGAAGGUGGCCGAGGCUCAUAAAGAUAUCAUUCAUGGCAGUGGGGCUACUGGAAAAAUGAUUCUUCUCUUAUGAUUAAUUCUUUCAUGGAUUUCCUGUGUAAUCAGAGGUACUGUCUUUCCCCCAGUUGUACUUACCCUAUCUUUUCUUUAAUUAAUAUUUGAUUCCAUGGGUUUCUUACGUGAAAAAAUAAGAUUUUUCUUUAAAGAACAGAGGCAGAAGAGUAAAAUUCAUUGUUUUGCUAGCAAUAUUUUUUUAUGCCAUCUGUCUCAAAUCAAGGAGUGAUCAUAGUAGGAAAUAGCAUGUUAGUCAUCGUUUGGCAUGAGGGUGCAUUCCAGUAAUUCUUAAUUGAUACUUGAUUAAUUCCAUACCUUGGAUUAAAACAUGCUAGUUCAAAAUAAGACUGCUCAGUUUCCAAGGGUUUUCAAGCCUACUUACCUUUGUAAAGGUUCUCUAGUCUCUGAUUAGCCAUGGCUGUAUUGGACUUUGAACAUUUUCUGGACUCAAAACCUCUACUCUAAACUAACCUCAUUUGGAUGUGUAAGUCUUUUGUAAAGGCAAAAAUAAAUAAUGUCCAGGAUAAUUUAUUAGUUUUCUCAGUAUUUUCCCAAAUAUUAGAAUAUUUACUUCAUUAUUGGUUGGCUGCCAAUGACCCCAUAUGUUCUGUGAGAAUACGAGCUUUAUCUUUGAUAUACUGCAUAGUCUCCAAAUAGGUAAUACUUCUCAAUUGAUUAGAUUUUCAGAGUAAAUUUACAGUUAUCUGUUUGUCUGGUGAGGGUCAUAUAUUUUGUUGAAAUAAUUAAGCUCACAAAUUUGAUAAACGAAGAAUUAUCUUCAUUUGUCUCAAUAAUGUGUAAUAAAAUCUAUAGAAAAUCAAAACCUGCUUUUCCAGUUUUUAUAGUAUUUGCCUCUCAUCACUUCUGCAUAGCUCCUGACAGUUACUUCUUAACAGUGUUCUAUGCUGGAAGCCUUUAUCUAAACUAAAUACAGGGAUGACCUCUUAGCAAUCUUGCCAUCAAUGUUGUAUUCAAGGAAAUAAAAGUUUGAUUAUUUGUUAUUUUUGUUUUUCAUCAAAUGAGCACAUCCUUUUGUCAUGUCACAUGAUGUGUUUGAUUGUUUUGACCUGAUUUGUUCUGUUGAAUGACAAUUUCUGGCUUGAACAUGGAAUCCUGUUUCAGUAAUAAACAGAAAAUACUGCUAAUUUCUAUAGUUGAAGGAUAUCAUUGGCUUCUGGCUAUAUGUGCCAUGACUGAAAUGUUUUUGCUAUUAGCAUUUUCCAAGUUUAUCCACUGUUUCUCUUAUAGGUUAAAUGCCCUGUAAAAUUAGUUAAAAAAAAAAAGAAAAGUGUUAAGGCAAUGCCAUCAAUAUAGGCUGGCAUUUUAUGUGCAUCCUAAAAUGGAGGAUUCCUUUCCAUGCAACAAGGUAAAAGAAUAAUUAUUCUGUAAAAGUCAGUUUAAUCUGUUUGUACAUUUGCCUCAUCUAUAGAAAGAGCUAAAGCAUACAGAUGACUUAACACUUCAAAAUACAUCGAUACAGUUUAGUUAAUUUUGAAGGCAAAACUAGCCAAACUGUAUGCAUUAACUACCGUUUUUAUGAAUAUGUAGCACUAGGUAUGCUCUCUGCAUAAAUCUCUAUGGUUUUAGUCUUGUUCCAACUUUCAACCAACUGCAUUCACUACUUGGUUGCUGCCUGUGGCCUUAGGGCUACUACAUAGUCAUCAGUGCUCGUUCUUGAUGAAAAGUAGAGAAUAACCUGUAUAAUAAACAAACAUUGUUUAACUCA